AUGACGUUUGAAGACUGCGACCCACCGCCCGACUUUGGCGUGAGGUUGAUCCCCUGUCCCCGGCGGUGAUCACUCUCCUCUGCUCGGUGCACGAAGCUCCGGGGCCGCAUAUGAACGGUGCUAUGGCCGCGUCCUCGCACCGGAUCACGCUGGGGCCGCUGGUCGCCGCCAUCGACCAGGGAACCAGCUCCACUCGGUUUCUGGUGUUCAACUCAAAAACAGCUGAGCUCCUCAGCCAUCACCAGGUGGAAAUCAAGCAGAGCUUCCCCAAAGAAGGAUGGGUAGAGGAGGACCCCAAAGAAAUCCUGCAUUCGGUGUACGAGUGCAUGGAGAAGACGUGUGAAAAACUCACCCAGCUCAACAUCGACAUCUCGAACAUUAAAGCUAUUGGAGUGACCAACCAAAGAGAGACCACACUAAUUUGGGACAAAGAGACAGGGGAGCCCCUCUACAAUGCAAUCGUUUGGCUGGACCUGCGCACUCAAUCAACUGUUGAACGUCUCAUUAACAAAACCCCUGGAAGGAACAAGAACCAUUUGAAGCAUAAAACCGGGCUCCCGAUCAGCACUUACUUCAGCGCGGUGAAACUCCGCUGGCUGAUGGACAACGUGGACGAGGUCCGCGAUGCAGUCGUGUCUCACCGCGCCAUGUUCGGCACCGUUGACUCCUGGCUCAUCUGGUGUCUGACCGGCGGCAAGUCGGGCGGAGUGCACUGCACAGAUGUGACCAACGCCAGUAGAACCAUGCUGUUUAACAUUCACACUUUGGAAUGGGACCCAGAACUUUGCAAAUAUUUUGGUAUCCCCAUGGAGAUCUUGCCCAGAGUGAGGAGUUCAUCAGAAAUAUAUGGACUCAUGAAAAUAUGUUCUAGCCGGAAAUCUGGAGCUCUAUCAGGUAUUCCCAUUUCAGGGUGCCUCGGGGAUCAGUCGGCAGCUCUGGUCGGACAGAUGUGUUUUCAGGACGGGCAAGCGAAAAACACGUAUGGAACCGGCUGCUUUCUGCUGCGAAACACUGGAGCCAAGCCUGUGAUGUCUGACCACGGACUUCUGACCACUGUGGCAUACAAACUUGGCCGGGACACACCUGCCUGUUAUGCACUAGAGGGCUCUGUGGCCAUUGCGGGAGCUGUGGUUCGUUGGCUGCAGGACAAUCUCGGAAUCAUCGGGUCAUCUGAAGAACUUGAGAAGUUGGCUGCGUCAGUCGGCACUUCCUACGGUUGCUACUUCGUUCCGGCAUUUUCAGGUCUUUACGCACCGUACUGGGAGCCCAGUGCAAGAGGGAUCAUAUGUGGGUUGACGCAGUUUACGAAUAAGAGCCAUCUUGCGUUCUCUGCGCUGGAAGCCGUCUGUUUCCAGACACGAGAGAUACUGGACGCUAUGAAUCAGGACAGCGGCAUCCCUCUAACUCAGCUCCAGGUGGACGGAGGAAUGACGUCCAACAGACUGCUAAUGCAGCUGCAGGCGGACAUUCUCUGUAUCCCUGUUGGGAAGCAGGGGGAGCUGGAUCCAAUCCCAGCAGACACAGUGAAGCCGUCCAUGCCUGAGACCACAGCGCUCGGUGCAGCGAUGGCAGCCGGAGCAGCGGAGGGUGUGAGCGUGUGGAGUCUGAGCCCCGAGGACCUGAGUGAAGUCACAUCAGAGAAGUUUGAGCCUCAGAUAAACCCUGAAGAGAGCGAGUUACGGUACGCACGGUGGAAGAAGGCGGUUCAGAAGUCCAUGAACUGGGAGACGACAGAGCCUGCUGGUAAUGGAAACGGUGAAACGAGCAUCUUCAGCAGCGUCCCCCUGGGCUUUUACAUCAUGGGCAGCAUGUUGAUGUUAGUGGGUGCUAAGUACCUUGCAGGCCACAACUAGGUUUAGAAUCCUGGAAGCUUUGCAGCAAAGAGGGAAAGUGGAAUCAAACACUCUCUGAGCCGACCACCACUUCCAACCUCCAUUCCAGAAGAACGCUUUUGCUGAAUCUUACCAUCGACUAGGGACAUGAGGACGAAUUUGAAAUGACUAAUGGGAAUUCAUUUUCUGUGUACAUUAAACCAGAUUUUUUUUUUUUUUUUUUUGCAUGCAGUGUUUUUGUUUUUUUGGGUACAAUAUUGCUACAGAAAAGUACGAUUUGAGUUUAUUUGUAUAGAAACUCUACAGAUGGUAGUUCAGAUUGUUUUAACCUUUCCAAAGUUAAUUGACAUCAUCUCUCAGCUGUCAUCUUGUGAUGUUGUAUUCCCGACGAUGGUAAGUGAUAAGAUUUUAUUUUUUCUUUUGUCUUGUGGGAUCUGUGAACUAACAAGAGUAUGUGAAUAUAUAUUCUAACAGUUAGGAUUAAGACAAAUGAAAUGUGAAAACAAGUGAAGAAAGGAGCUGGAGUUAACGAACAGUUUGUUUUUGGUGAAAAUUAUGUUUUUUGUUUUAAUUUAAUAUUUAUAAAAAGUUAAUGUGUUUUGUGUAAUGGGCAAACAUGCAAUGGAAACUCACAAAAUCCAAAAAACCGCAAACAUCCUUGAAGUACGAAGGAAGUAAAUUUGUUUAUUUUGAUUGAAGAUUGAAAAUGUUCAUCUAAAGCUUUUUACAGCCUAGAAAGCUUUAAUUAUUUGUAAGGUCACGAUUUAAAAUGGAAAAUCGCAAAUGAUAUUUAUUGCCACUGAACUCUAAAUAUGCAAAAACCAACUGUAAACAUUUUGUAUGCAUUCACUCUCAAAUCAGUUUUAUUAGACGAAGGGUUCAGGACAUUUUUUUGUUUUAUGAAACCAUAGGAAUUUCUGAUUUAUUCCACUGUGCUGUACAGUCCAGGUUUAAAGAAUUAACCUUGAAGUAGUGGAAGUGAGUAAAUGAAUCUCAGUAUUUACAUUGUUGCCCAACAUUUGUCAUGUUUGUCUACUGUGUGGAGUAGAAGUUGAAAGGAAACCAGUGCUUCCGUGUAAAUGGGUAUUAUUUGAAAGAAAUGGUUUAUGUAUUAAUGUAUAAAGUUAAAGGUUCAGUGUGAAAGAUUUAGGUGCAAGGGAUCUAUUAUAAAAUAAUCUCAGUGAGUGUUUCAUCUAAAACGUAUGAUUUGUUUGCUUUAACCUAGAAUGGACCUUUAUAUUUAAAUACUUUAUAUUUUCAUCUGGAGCGGGUAGGCCUCUGUUUUUUUUUUACAGUAGCCCAGAUUGGACAAACUAAACACCUUUUGAGUUUUUAUGACAACUGAAAGCUACCACAGGUUUUGAAGGGAAGGGUGAGUUGAGGGGGUAUUCAACUUCACCACUAAAUUCUACACACUGAACCUUUAAUGGACGGUAUGAUGGCAAUUGGUGUAAAGGCUUAAAGUGCACUUUUUGGAUAUAUAACACAUUAAUUGAUAUUUAUUAAUGAAAUGACAAGUGUUUAAAAUGUGAAAUUGGAGAAAUGCACUUAAUAUGACCAUAUGAAAGCAGUGUACAGUCCUGUUCAGGUCCAAAACUAAUUUUGAUAUUCACAUGUCUUGACAGUCAAAUGUCAGAUGAGUAGCGAGGCAAGUAGCGAGGCAGCAACAGAGCGACAGGCAUUGGUUGGAUAUCUGUUGGCUCUAAAAUGAGGAAACUGUGUAUCUGUCUGUUGUUGUCACAGAAUGUAAGUUCGGAGCGUGGGACAAUAAGUUGCAUCAAAAAAACGUACUGGCUGUUCUAAAAUAUCAAAAGCAGACUGGGAAUAAAAACAUUGAUUAUAGGUGUCGCUGA